GCGCCCUUUCAAGCCGACGAUCGAGCUCGGCGGGACCGACGACUUGCGACAGAACGUGCCUCAGCUCGGCCCCCUGGGCGCGUUUCUGCCCCGCAAAGCCGCCCAGUCAAGCCUUGGGGGUGCCGCCGCCACCCGCCCUGCUCUCCCACCCGCCUCCUUCCCUCGGGCGGGUGUUUCUUUCUCUCUCGCGCGCGCACAACGUCAGUGGGAAUUUCCAGCUAGGAAGUGAGAGGGAGGAGGAGAAAGAAGCUGCAGGGGCGGGCUCGGCAGGGCACCGGAGCCCAACUCCCGCCAGCCUCGCUGACACUGACAGCGCGUCGCCAGCCGUGCCUCGUUUGUUUUCCUCCCCGACUUUGCUUCUCAGCGAGGCGCGAGUCCAACCGGAGCCUCGCGCGGGCCUCACUCGCUCCUCCUCCUCCUGCUGCUGCUUCUGUUCAGAGCCGCGGCGGCACGGCGAUGGCGCGCCUCUAACUGGGAAGUUGGGAGGACUCACUCCUCACCUGGCGGCGACCCUCGCGUUGGUCUCUCUCUCAGCCAAUCGCGCGCCAAGGCAAGACGAGAAGGGGGCCUGGAGGAAGACCCCGCCCGGCCUGGAGCUGUGAGAAUGGCAGAUGAGAAUGUAUAUGGCAUGGAGGAGCAUCAGAUGUUUGGAAUGGAUACAUACAUGGGGAUGAAUGUACUGAUCAAUAAUGCUGGCUUAAUUACAUCUGAUUUAUCAAUUCGUACAGCUGAUGGGCCAUACCUUCAAAUUGUUGAGCAACCUAAGCAGAGGGGAUUUCGUUUCCGAUACGUUUGUGAAGGACCGUCACAUGGUGGACUUCCUGGAGCUUCUAGUGAAAAAAACAAAAAAUCAUAUCCUCAAGUUAAAAUCUGCAAUUACAUCGGCCCUGCAAAGGUAAUUGUUCAGUUGGUCACAAAUGGAAAACAGCCCCACCUGCAUGCACAUAGCUUGGUGGGGAAACACUGUGAGAAUGGAAUAUGCACGGUUAAUGCAGGACCAAAAGAUACUGUCGUAGGCUUUCCAAACUUGGGAAUAUUGCAUGUGACAAAGAAGAGAGUGUGUGACACACUAGAAGCACGCAUGACUGAUUGCUGUAAAAAAGGCUACAACCCGGGACUUCUAGUGCACCCUGAACUGAGCUAUAUACAAGUGGAAGGUGGAGGGGACAGGCAACUCUCAGAAAGAGAGAGAGAAAUCAUUCGCCAGGCAGCACUUCAGCAGACUAAAGAGAUGGACCUCAGUGUGGUGCGGCUUAUGUUCACAGCUUUCCUUCCUGAUAGCACUGGCAGCUUUACAAGAACACUUCAUCCUGUCUUAUCUGAUCCUAUAUAUGACAGCAAAGCCCCCAAUGCAUCCAACUUAAAAAUUGUACGGAUGGACCGGACUGCUGGCUGUGUGACUGGAGGAGAAGAGAUUUACCUUCUUUGUGACAAAGUUCAGAAAGAUGAUAUUCAGAUCCGUUUUUAUGAAGAAGACGAAAAUGGUGGUGUCUGGGAAGGGUUUGGAGAUUUUUCCCCUACUGAUGUACACAGACAGUUUGCAAUAGUAUUCAAAACACCCAAGUACCGAGAUGUCAAUAUUACAAAGCCAGCAUCUGUUUUUGUCCAGCUACGGAGGAAAUCUGAUCUGGAGACAAGUGAACCAAAGCCUUUUCUGUACUAUCCUGAAAUCAAAGAUAAGGAAGAAGUGCAGAGAAAACGACAAAAACUCAUGCCUAACUUUUCUGAUAAUUACGGUGGAAGUGGACCAGGUGCUGGAGGAGGUGGAAUGUAUGGAGGAGGAGGAAAUGGUGGUGGUGGAGGGGCUGGAUCAGGUUAUGGGUACACACCAUAUGGUUAUUCUGGUUAUGGAGGAAUGCAUUUCCAUUCUAGCACAAACAAGGCCGGCGCUGGAAUGAAACAUGGACUCUCAAAUGACAUGCCUAAAAAAGAAGAUGGUGAAAGUUGCCACAAGAGCAGUAAAAAGCACAGUGUGAAAUUCAAGGAAAAAGAAGAAGUUGAAGAGAAAAGCAAAACCAGAAUUUGCACAGCUCUCAAGCCAGACGAUGCAGAGAUUAGUUUACAAGAUAGUUUCUUUUUGGAGAAGGCUAUGGAGCUCGCGAAGCGUCAUGCCAAUGCCCUUUUUGACUAUGCAGUAACGGGAGAUGUGAAGAUGCUACUGGCUGUUCAGCGGCACCUGACCACAGUCCAGGAUGAAAAUGGUGACAAUGUCCUUCACUUAGCAAUUAUUCAUCUUCACUUGGAACUGCUGAGAAACCUCUUAGAAGUGAUAGCAGACUUCAAUGCUGACGAAAUUCUCAAUGUGAGAAAUGACCUUUACCAGUCUCCUCUACACUUGGCUGUCAUCACAAAACAGGCAGGAGGGGUGAAAGCCUUGCUGAGGGCUGGGGCAGAUGUGACUCUUUUGGAUCGGCAUGGGAAUUCAGUCUUGCAUCUGGCAACCAAGCAAGGGGAUGAGAAGGUGUUGAAUGUUCUGCUUCAUCAUAAAGAGGCAUCUCUGAUGAAAGACCUCCCUAACAGUGAAGGUCUGAAUGCUAUCCACCUGGCUGUAAUGGCUAAUAGCGUGUCUUGUCUCAGACGCCUCAUUGCUGCUGGAGCCGACGUCAACGCCCAGGAACAAAAAUCUGGGAGAACUGCCUUGCACCUGGCUGUCGAACAAGGAAAUAUCUCCUUGGCAGGUUGCCUUCUCCUUGAGGGUGAUGCCCAUGUUGACAGCAUUACGUAUGAUGGAACCACUCCACUUCACAUAGCAGCUGGAAGGGGUUCUACAAAACUGACAGCACUUCUCAAAGCUGCAGGUGCAAAUCCCUACAUCAAGAACUUUGAGCCACUGUUUGAACUAGAAGAUGGGAAUGAUAAAGACAGUGACGAUGAAGAGGGCAUCCCUCGAGCAACACCUUUGGAUAUGGCAACAAGCUGGGAGGUGUAUGAUAUCUUGAAUGGCAAACCCUGUAUGUCAAAGGUGGCUUCUGAUGACCUAUUGACACAAGGGAACAUGAAAGAACUGAGUGAAGAUGUUAAAUUACAGCUUUACAAGCUGCUUGAAGUACCUGAUCUGAACAAAAACUGGUCCAUGUUGGCUCAAAAACUGGGCCUAGGUAUACUAAACAAUGCUUUCCGAUUGAGUCCUUCUCCAUCAAAAACUCUUCUGGAUAAUUAUGAGGUGUCUGGAGGUACAAUAGGAGAACUGGUUGAUGCCUUGAGAGAAAUGGACUAUCCAGAAGCUGCUGAAAUUAUCCAGAAAGCAGUGUCCAUCUCAUCUAGCCAGUCCAACCAAAAGGUGGCAAAAGAUGAAAUUUGCUGCCUCAGCUUCCAAGACACUGAAAGCAUUUGUGACAGUGGGGUAGAGAUCUCCCUCCGCAAACUCAGCUUUACAUAUUCUGAGUCUUUCACCAGUGAGUCACCAGUGACGUUUAAGAAGAAACUGGCCCCAGGAUAUGGACAAGAGACCUUACUUCAGGGCAAAAUUGAAGCCACUUAAUAUGGAGUAAAGCUCUGCAGAGAAAGGGAAGUGUCUUUUAAAAAAAAAAUCCAGAAUGCACUAGAAGAAAAAGCAGGAUUUUUCAACAAACAGCAGUUGGAUCCCUAUGAAGUGAGAAGAUCAGGAUUAACAUUUGAGUGCAUUUUCUUGUUUCCUUAGAUCUUCAUUAAGUAAUAUAAAUUUAAACCGCCUUCUUGAUGCUCAGUGAAAAUCAUGCAAGUGGCAUUGACUAUGGUCCAAAGCUGUGAAGCACAAAAGAGUCACAGAAAGUGGUCAAGUUAGAUACGCUAGGAAGUAUAAUGUAAAUUUUAGUAAACGUAUUUAAAUUUUUGUUUGAUGCCUAUAAAAUGAUUCAGGCUCAAGGGGGGUUUUUUGUCAUACUAUUUUAGAAUCUCUAUAUUGUAAAUAUUUGGGGUUUCAGUUAAUUACUGCUAAGGAAAAAAUGCUUUUUAAAAAGCUUGGGUUUUUUAUUCUACUUUUAUAAUAAAAAAACAAAACAGA